GCCUUUUUUCUUAGACUCGAAUUCUUUCAAUUUGACAAAACUGACAAUAGCCAAAUCAAUAACAAGAACUCUUAAACAAACCACCAAAAUGCCCGACACUUCCUAUCCUACUCCUCAGACCGGCAAGAUUGAUGCCGACUCUCAAGCUCAGCCUGCUAGCGAGGCAGCUCAGCCUCAGGGAGCAAAGCAGUUUGCUUUCGCAGCCCAUAAGGCGCAUCCAGGUCCUGUUAUUCCCCAGAACAUGCCAGAGCAAGAAGGGACUAAGGAAGAGCGCAAUGCAAAGGCUAAAGAGUUGAACAAAUAAGUCUGUUCGUAAAAACAGUCUUGGGAAUAUUACGUAGUUUGAAGUUUUAGGUGGUCACGGCUCAGAAUGAUUCUAUGGCAUAGGACGGAGAAAUCCUGAAACGAAAACCGAGGUCUCAAGACUUAAACGAGGAUACAGUACACCUCAUGUAAUAUGAUUGUAAUAGCACAGACAUGAUUAUGAAUGAGAUUAUUGUAACCUG